AGGACAGCACGGAGCAGAGCCAAGCAGCUCCGCAGAAAAAGGCGUGAAAAUCUGGUCAGAAAAAUAAACAAAAAUUAUAUACAAUUAGUUGAGAAGCGGGAAAAUAUUUGCAAUUUUUUGGGACAACCUAUAAGUGAGUGAAAAUAAUUAAGUUCAAUUUAUAAAAAUAAAUAAAUCGAAGCGGCCGCUGCGAAAACAAAAUCAGCUGCAUGGGCGCAGCGGUUUCAGCUGCUGAGCCAGUGCGCCGACUCGAAAAGCGGCCAGCGCGACUUGGAGACUUGUAAACACUUUUAGGCCAUGUGCUAAAAGCCAAAUACAAACACUCGCUGCGAACUGCGUCAGAGGCUGGCCCAAGCCAACCCAACCCAACCCAAGCCCAGCCAGGCAAGCCAGGAGGCAGAAAGGUAAACAAAAACCUGUGCGCGUGUUUGUAUCAAUAAAACACCGGCCGACCGUCAAGGCCUCCUUGCCACACCAGUGACGUCACCAUGGCUGGCUGCUGCAUACGCCCACGCACACUGGCUCACCUGCUGCCCCUGCCCCUGGGGCCGCUGUGGCGGCACUGCAAGCUCCUAUGCCUGCUCCUGGUCCUGCUGCUCCUCUGCGAGACGGUGCAGGCCAAUCCAGAUGCCAAGCGUCUGUACGAUGAUCUCCUCAGUAACUACAACCGGCUCAUCCGCCCCGUGAGCAACAACACGGACACAGUGCUGGUCAAGCUGGGCCUCCGGCUAUCCCAACUAAUUGAUUUGAAUCUCAAAGAUCAAAUUCUAACGACCAACGUGUGGCUGGAGCACGAGUGGCAGGAUCAUAAAUUCAAGUGGGAUCCCUCGGAGUAUGGCGGCGUCACGGAGCUUUAUGUGCCCUCCGAGCACAUCUGGCUACCCGACAUUGUGCUCUACAAUAAUGCCGAUGGCGAGUAUGUGGUCACCACCAUGACAAAGGCCAUUCUCCACUACACGGGCAAGGUGGUGUGGACCCCGCCGGCCAUUUUCAAGUCCAGCUGCGAGAUUGAUGUCCGCUACUUCCCCUUCGAUCAGCAGACCUGCUUCAUGAAGUUCGGCUCCUGGACUUAUGAUGGCGAUCAGAUCGACUUGAAGCAUAUCAGCCAGAAGAACGACAAGGACAACAAGGUGGAGAUUGGCAUCGACCUGCGCGAGUACUAUCCCAGCGUGGAGUGGGACAUCCUUGGCGUGCCAGCGGAGCGGCACGAGAAGUACUAUCCGUGCUGCGCGGAGCCCUAUCCGGAUAUCUUCUUCAAUAUCACCCUGCGGCGAAAGACUCUUUUCUACACGGUCAACCUGAUCAUUCCCUGCGUGGGCAUCUCCUACCUGUCGGUGCUGGUGUUCUACUUGCCCGCCGACUCUGGUGAAAAGAUUGCCCUCUGCAUCAGCAUUCUCCUGUCGCAGACCAUGUUCUUCCUUCUCAUCUCGGAAAUCAUACCCUCCACGUCCCUGGCACUGCCACUGCUGGGGAAGUACCUCCUAUUCACCAUGUUGCUGGUCGGGCUGAGCGUCGUCAUCACGAUCAUCAUACUCAAUAUACACUACCGGAAGCCAAGCACACACAAGAUGCGGCCUUGGAUUCGUUCCUUCUUCAUCAAGCGGCUGCCCAAGCUUCUGCUAAUGCGUGUCCCGAAGGACCUGCUUCGCGACCUGGCGGCCAACAAGAUCAACUAUGGGCUCAAGUUCAGCAAGACCAAGUUUGGACAGGCGCUGAUGGACGAGAUGCAGAUGAACUCCGGCGGCUCCAGUCCGGACUCUCUGCGACGCAUGCAAGGUCGUGUGGGUGCGGGCGGAUGCAAUGGCAUGCACGUGACCACGGCCACAAACAGAUUCAGCGGCCUGGUGGGCGCCCUGGGUGGCGGGUUGAGCACCCUGAGCGGCUACAACGGACUGCCAUCGGUGCUAUCCGGAUUGGACGACUCUCUGAGCGACGUGGCCGCACGCAAAAAGUAUCCUUUUGAGCUCGAGAAGGCCAUACACAACGUCAUGUUCAUACAGCAUCACAUGCAGCGCCAGGAUGAGUUCAAUGCGGAGGACCAGGACUGGGGCUUUGUGGCCAUGGUUAUGGAUCGUCUGUUCCUGUGGCUCUUCAUGAUCGCUUCCCUGGUCGGCACCUUUGUGAUCCUGGGCGAGGCUCCGUCUCUGUACGAUGACACCAAGGCCAUUGAUGUUCAGCUAUCCGAUGUUGCCAAGCAAAUAUACAAUCUAACCGAGAAGAAGAAUUAAAUUCAAGACAAUUUAACCUUAAGACAAUUUCCUAGUUUAAUGCAGUGUUUCAGCAAAUUGAUGGAAACGAAAAUUAAAAUACGGUAUAAUAAAAACGUUGGCCCAAAAGCAGCCAAGCAAAAUGCUGAAAUGCA